AGCCCUUCCUUGCUCUUGCUUUUAUUCUUUCUAGCGUUAGCUGUGACGAACAACCCUCCCACACCCAAAACAAUUUAGAGUGAUUGAUAAACAUUCCAAAUCCUCGCAGCAACAAAAAACGAUGAUAUUCAUUCUGCAUUGCCUCUUGCUUCUGCCCUUUCUGAUCUUCUGCACCUUGGAGUCUCUCCUAAAGCUUUUUAUUCCUAAGAAGAGAAAGUCAGUGACCGGAGAAAUCGUCCUGAUUACUGGAGCUGGACAUGGAAUCGGGAGACUGACUGCCUAUGAAUUUGCCAAACUUAAAAGUAAAGUGGUUCUGUGGGAUAUAAAUAAGCAUGGAAUCGAGGAAACAGCUGAUGAAUGCAGGAGACUGGGUGCAAAGGUUCACGCCUUUGUGGUAGACUGCAGUAACAGAGAAGAUAUUUACAGCUCGGCGAAGAAGGUGAAGGCAGAAAUUGGGGAUGUUAGUAUUCUAGUAAAUAAUGCUGGUGUGGUCUACCCAGCAGAUUUGUUUGCUACACAAGACCCUCAAAUUGAAAAGACUUUUCAAGUUAAUGUGCUUGCACAUUUCUGGACUACAAAGGCAUUUCUUCCAGCAAUGAUGAAGAAUAAUCAUGGCCAUAUUGUCACCGUGGCUUCAGCAGCUGGGCAUACUACAGUCUCAUUUUUAAUGGCUUAUUGUUCAAGCAAGUUUGCGGCUGUUGGAUUUCAUAGAGCUUUGACUGAUGAACUGGCUGACUUAAAAAUUACUGGAGUCAAAACAUCAUGUCUCUGCCCUAAUUUCAUAAAUACUGGUUUCAUCAAAAACCCAAGUACCGCUUUGGGACGUACCCUGGAACCUGAGGAAGUGGUAAACAAGCUGAUGAAGGGAAUCCUGACUGACCAAAAAAUGAUUUUUAUUCCAUCUGCUAUAAGCUUUUUAACAGUGGCAGAAAGGAUCUUUCCUGAAAAUUUCAUGGCAGUUUUAAAACGAAAGAUGAAUAUUAAGUUUGAUGCAGUCGUUGGAUAUAAAAACAAAGGACAGUAGCUCUGGCCGGGUGCGCAGUUGACAAGAGCAUUGCUGGUUCGAUCCCUGGUCAGGGCACAUGCAAGAAUCGACCAAUGCAUGCAUCAGUGGGUGGAACAGCAAUAUAUAUGUUUCUCUCUCUCUCUUCCUCUCUCCCCCUCUUCCCUCCUUUCUCUUUCUCCAAGUUUAAUAAAUUUUUUAAAAAUUUUUAAGGUAAAGAACAAUAGGUUCUCAUUGGUUUUAUAAAUUGGUUUAUCAGUUUUAAGUUGAUUUCAUCUUAUAUUAAUCAGAAUUUUAAUGUUUAGACUCCUGCUUUUUCUAAUUACCUUUUUUUCUUCACUAUCAUCUUUUGAGGCUCUUGCAAUCCUCAUCUAUUGCUACUGGUUUUUAAGCUGAAAGCUAAUUUCAUAUAAUACAAAGACAAAUAUCCUAGCAAUUGCCUUACGGGAAAUAGAAAAAAAGAAUAAAAGCAGUUUUAUAGUAAUUUCUAAGAUUUCAUGGCUCAUCUGAAGGCUUUGCAAAAUUUGUACUAUAAAUUAUUAAGAUAUAUUUUUGUUUUCAAUUACAUUUAUAUUUUAUAUAAUUCACAUGUUUCCUAAUUUCACAUGGUAUAAGAAAUGUCAUUCAAACAUUUUGUCUUGCACAUUUACCACUGUUUCCUGAAACAUACCUUGCAUUUCAGUGUAAAAUAUUUCAGCGCAAGGAAACUGGAGUGGACACAUGUUGCAAGUAAAAAUGCAAGAUUGGAAUUUAAGGCAGAGAAUUGGGAGAAUGUGCUAAGGAGCAACAAUAAUAAAUGGAUCAAACUUAAACUUGUAAUGUUUCCACCUUUUUGUUUUGGACAGAACAUGGCUUAACCUUCAAAUAAAGGAAAGUGGAUUAUGUA